AUGAAACCGUCGUCAUUCAUGGUGAAAGGUUUCAUCGGGAAAAGUCGGCGGUAUUGGUUUGGUCGUGCAUCCAUUGGCGUCCAUCUCGUCGAUUCGCACGAAGCGCUUCUCAUCGCUUUGCCAUCCUAUGGCUACGGACAUACGCACCUGAAGGAGAUCAUCCACAACGAAAAGUCCUACAAAUUCGUUGUUGUGGAUAUCAACGCUAGGCUUGGCGAAGCACAAGAGGAGGAGUACAGAAUGUGGAAGGUCGGAAUGGGGACAGGAACGAGAAUGGAAACCGCCUAG